CAGAUUGCUCGUUUUUUUCUUCUCGCCUCUUUCUCGCCCCUUGCGAGCUGAAUUCUUGUCAAGGAAUUGGCGUGUGAAUUCUCCUCCUUGUCCCAUAAGAUUUUGAGGCAGGUGUUGGCCUGCUGGCCGGCGACGAGCUCUAGUGCCCGCGCAACGCUUCGCCGUCCAGCAGGCCAAUACCUCACUCGAGAUCUUGUUUCUCUGGAAUUGAUCGAUCGACUGCUUUAAAACACGGGGGAAUUAGGGUGCUCUGUUCUGUUUGCGUGAUGGUUUUCUAGGGCGCCAGGGGGAGAAGAUGGGCGCCAUCAAGAUGAGGAGUGCGUGGUCGUGGUACCAGGGUCAACUGGCGGCCAAGCCCGUGCGCACCCAGAUCGUAACGUCGGGCAUCUUGUGGGCUGUGGGCGACAUGGUGGCGCAGAGCGUGAGCGCCAGCGUGGAGAAGCGGCAGCACAAAUCGGUCAUCUCGCCUCCGCCGCUUCCCCAUGGUUUGCCCAGCCAGGCAUUCACAAUUAUCGCAAUCGAUCCACAGGUGGAGCCGGGGCCGGGCAAGGACAAGGAUGGAUUGAAUUGGAAGCGGGUGGGAAUUUCGAGCAUGUUCGGAGUGGGAUUCGUCGGUCCAGUGGGUCAUUUCUGGUUCGUCUGGAGCUCGGCUAUGGCUGUAUUGGCUUUCCCAUCUUUUUCCUUGUGCAGGUAUGAGGGGCUGGAGCAUCUCGUCCACAACAAGCUGCGACUGAGGCCCAAAUCGCUGAGAUUCCUAGCGACAAAGCUGGCGGCGGACGCGCUCAUCUUUGGGCCGAUCCAUCUUGUGGCGUUUUUCACGUAUUCGGGGCUGGCGGCGGGCAAGAGGUGGGAGGUUGUGAGGCAGGAGCUGGGACGAGACUUUAUCCCCGCGUUUCUGACCGAAGGAGCGGUGUGGCCCGUGGUCCAGGUGGUGAAUUUCCGCUUCGUGCCUGUCCAGCACCAGCUGCUCUACGUGAAUUUCUUCUGCCUGCUGGACAGCGCCUUCCUCUCGUGGUUCAAGCACCAGAACAACGCGCCGUGGAAGCGCAAACUCACCGCCUUUGUCACCGGCGCUAGUGAUGACCCUUCUUCGUCUAGAGAUGACUAGCUAGUGGGCAUUCAAGAAAAUUCUUUAUUCUUUUUCAACGAGAGCCA